AUGAAUGGAUUAUUGAGCGAUGCAAGUGUUAUAGAACUGAUGCGUCAGUGUAGUGUACACGAGGAUACUUUGCGAGUUAUGUUGAUCAAUUAUCUUUGUUCCUCUAAUACCACUCAGAAUGAACUAAGAGAACAGGCUGAUUAUUUGAAAGAAGUUGGCUUGGAUGAUGCAGCUGUCAAAUAUGUUAAACAAUUGAGGUGA